UUAAGUUAAAGUACUACAUAGAAUUUACAGAAAAACAACUUCAGUCUUUUAAAAUGACAUAGUUGUUUAAAGCCGAGAAGAAAAAAGAAAACAAAGAUAAACAAUAGCCUUGGUAUUAACAAGUUUCAAUAUUUGUAAACAUAAAACUUUCGCUGUACCGAAAUUACCUUUGAAACAAACUGCGCGCGCAGAUAUUACAGCAUCAGACCACAUUAUCACGUGAUCUGUUAAGUUAGUAGUAGUCAUUAUUUAACAUUAGACUUGGCAAGUGUUUCGAGAGUAUAGAAGGUUGUCCUGAAGUUAUAUAGACCUCUUUGUGUCAAAAAGUUAGCUUUGUUGAGUCUUUUUAUUAUUUUAUUGAUAAAAGAUACAUUGAAAAAAAAAUGGAGAUAAAUCGUUUAUCCUUUACUGCGUUUACGCAGUUAGGUUUAAUUUCAUUGUUGGUUUUACUUUCACCUGUUGAAUCUGCGAAAAAAUGUUCAAGAACAUUGAAGAGGAUCCCCGUGCACAAAGGAUUCGAUUUAAACAAAUUUGCAGGAACAUGGUAUACAAUUACAAGAACCACAUUGGCUUGGGGAGAUAACACCUUUAAGUCCUUUUCAAUUGAGAUUGGCAAAAAUGAAGAUGGUUCGUUCCACUUUUCUUACACUGGACAAAUUGGGGAUAAAUGCCUUCCAGUUGAAUCCGGUACACUCGUAAAGAACGGCCGUCCUGGCCAUUAUAUUCUUCGUGUAUCCGGACAAAGCAAUAAUCAUGCUACUAUUAUAAUAUCGUUCACGGACUACAGAAAUAUGGCUUUGGUAUAUUAUUGCUUCAAAUACCGCCCGGGGUCUCGUGCUCAGUGCCAGAAAAAUGGUAUGCAGAUAGAAAUUAUGUCCAAAGAUUUGACCCCGAAGAAAAAGGACGCCAAUGCUUAUAUAAAAAGAUCUGGCAAGCGUCUCUGUGCACCCGCCAAGUUGCUUGAAGCAACACAGCCUGGUUUGUGCAAGAUACCAGAUAUUCUAGCUGCAGCCAAGCAAACUGCACUAGACUUGAAAGAUGAUGAUACCAAAACCAGUGGCAAAGACCAUUGUGCUGUCAAUAACAUUCCAGUUCAGCAGAACUUCAACAGUUCUCAGUUGCAAGGAUUAUGGUACGAGAUAGCGCGCACGCGAUUUACGUUCAACAAGAUGGAGUCUGUAGUGAAUUUCCAUAGAUACGAUGAAGAAACCAAUCAGAUAUACAGUUACUAUACCGGCACUGUAGUUUCCCAGAAUGACGAUGAUAGUGAAGUGGCUUGCAUGACUGCUAUACAGGGCAUGUCAAAGACGGCGGGGGAAACUGAGCCGGACUCCAACAGACUUGGCAAGAUAGGAUGGGACGACUUUUCGUUUCACUGGUCCCCAACCAAAGUACUUUAUGCCGACGACGAUUAUAUAUUGUUUUAUGCAUGUUAUUCCGGUGAAACAGACACACCGUGUAAUAAAAUGGCCAUGGAAGUCACUCUAUCAGGGCGGUCACGAAAUAUCAGCCAAGAAAAAAGAGAUACCAUUUAUGACAUACUACCACAAAUCUGUGUGAAUCCUGAUGAUAUGAUAGAAACACAAUUUCUUACAAAUUGCACUAGCUGGGUAACCAUUCAACCGGAAGAUGUGGGUCCGGAGGACUGCAAACUGGAUGAUAUUAUGGUGUAUGAUGACUACAUAAACACUCAGAUGGCCGGAACAUGGUUUCUGUAUUCGUCAAUAUCAUACAAUAAUAUGACAGCAUUAAAUGGCGUUGUUAUGGAAAAGACGCUGCUUCCCGGCAGCGAACGCAUAGAAACGAGAAUUGCUGCUUUCUCACCCGAAACUGACAAUUGUACUGAGUAUCGGUCAAGGUCGCGGGACAUGUGUAUUGAAACAGCUGAUCAUAUAGCAGUUCUACCCACAGGAGGCGACGGAAAUUUCGUCUUUUCUAAAGUUCUCUAUCUUGACAACGACAUCCUCGUGGAAUACACGUGCUCUGCACGUUCCUUGGAUGGCGCGUGCGACAAAGAUGGUAUACAGUUUAACGUGUAUACGACUAACGAUACAUCUGAUGAAGAUUUCCUACUGGCAGAUGUCCAUCAAGACAGGGUAGAUAUGCUAGCCAAGUCUAUUUGCCUCGAUCCUAAUGAUCUACAGCUGCAAUCAGAUUGGUGUAAUAUUUCGGAGUUCGCAGCACCGGAAGAGAGCAGUGACGCGGAGCGGUGUGACAUUGACCAGCUUACGAUCUUCAGUGAUACGAACGAGUAUACGCAGGAAGGGAUAUAUGGUUAUUGGUACGAAGUGUCAAGGUCGUCUAUCUCUAGUCAUAAGCCUGCCGUAAAAUCUGCAUAUGCCUAUUUCACAUCACCUAGCAAUGAAACACUUAAUAUAUACUAUACUGGACUUUCAAACGAGGAAACAGAAGGAGACGAUCCGACCUGCUCUGAGGUAUUGCACGGGUCAAUGAUUGCCAGAUGCAGCAAUGAUAUUAACGGAGACUUCUUAUAUAGAUUCAACCAGACUGAAAACUUUGUAUCAUAUGUACCCUUUAAAAUAAUUUUCACGGACUACACAAAAGUUCUGGUAACCUAUAUGUGCACGGAGAUGCUGCCGGAUGGAUCGUGUCAUGAGACAGGAGAGGAAAUAAUUUUAUGGUCACGAAACGAGACACUGGAUGACACUGAUAAAGCGUAUGCUUACGAUAUGGGCUUCUGGGUCUGUCUGCAGCCGACAAUGACUGACAAUCACCAGAACAAUAGUGCGUGCAAACAAAAUCUGGAGGAAUAUGUAACUGAUAAUCAUUUAGAUCAGUUAUACGAAGACGAUUAUGACGUCAGUGAUGACGAAGCUAUAACUGAAGGCGAAGUGGAUGACAACAAUGAUCAGCAGCAGGAUCAAGGUCAAAACAAAUAUGAGCUUAGUGAUAUAGAGGCAGCGUUCCUUAUGGAUGACGAUGAAUUUUACUAUAACUCUUGAUAGAUGAACUUUCGUACAUUUUCACAUCUGGUGGAGACAACAUGUUGGAUGGAAUCGAUAUUGACUGAUGAAAAAACUCCUACGCUACUACCAUACCAUAUUUGAACAAAUCCUGACGUGAUUUUAAACAUUUAUUGUGUACACAGUGUAUGAUAUUGAGAUAUCUUUUACAUUUAUAUAUAUUGUAUUAUAUGUGAAUGACGUUAUCUUUUUUAAACGCAAAAGUGUAAAUAAUCGUAAACAUAAGAAGUUAUGUUCUUGAUUAUAUGUAUAUAUAAGGCGCAGAUAUAGAGAAUUUUUGAGAAAGAGUUUCUCAGACGAGGCUAGAUAUGGCAGGCCUAGGAAAUAGAGAUCAAAAUAAUUGCACCUUUACUAAGCCUACCAGGUGCUCUGUAUUAAUAAAGUGCUUCUAUUGUGACAUUUUGGUCAAGCAAAAACUGUAUUAUCUGCACUAUUAAUUACUUACUGGUACUUCAUUUUAUUAUUGGCUUGUUAAAAGUUAAACUUCACAUUUGUGAAAUAAUUUUUGGUUAUUUCAAGGACUUGGAAACCAAUCUCUAGACUUCAUUUGAUGUAUUACUAUCACUGAAAAAUUUAGGGUCUAUCUCUAGAUAUGGUCCUGGAAGGGACGAGGCUUGCCAUGCUCCUUCCGUUCAUAUCUAGCCGAGACUGAGAAAUAUUCUAUUUAUCAUGCCAUUAUUAACAACUUCUGUUCUAAUUUGUUUUGUUAAAUAGGGGCGCGAAUUACUGAAUAUACGGUAGACUAACCGAUUCGUAUAUCACAAUAAAGUAGGCUCUUACAAUCUGAUCAAUGUCCUUGGAUUUUAUCAUAGGUUUACUCAGUGUAAAGACUGCUUUCUCAGAAAGGCAGUUGUUAUAGUGAUGGCAUGAUAAAUGAUAUGGUGCAGAUAGGGAUGGUCUUCGAUGUAUAUUUAGCAGAUGAUUGAUGGUACGGAAUCGUGUGUGCUUGCAAUACCUAUUUUGUUUCUCUAAUACGUGUUUUACUACUGACUAAAAUAAUACUUAUGCAAUACAGUCUGAACGCGAAAUAUUGAAAGCACCUAAUAACUAUUGCAGUAACCUAAACUUUUUAUUUACUUUUUCAUGAAAUUUAUUUUUAGAUAUUGCUUUAAAUGUCUUCUUAAUAUGCUGAAACUUUUAACUGUUUAAUCGGCUCAUGUUGAAACUUGGUCAGUGAAUGAAUUUUUCCAAGGAAAAUAUCUAUGGCCAUAGUAUAGAAUAAAUAUAUAAGUACA